AUGCUUUGGUCCGCUCUUGUCUUUGCGGCGGCGGCCGAGGCCCAGUUCUCCGCCGGCUUGAACCACCUGCGAUUCGGAUGCUCGCAGAUCACAAUCGAGCGUCUCGACCCCCUGGUCAACCCUGGAGACCUCCCAACCCCCCACGUCCACCAGGUCGUGGGAGGCAACGCAUUCAACGCCUCGAUGCCCGGGACUGAUAUUUCCAACAUCGCAACCUGCACCACCUGCGGCCCCGCCGACGAUUUCUCCAACUACUGGACCGCCAACUUGUAUUUCAAGGCUCGCAACGGUACCUUCAUGCGUGUUCCUCAAGUCCCGAACAGAUUCCUGUUCAAUGACAGGUUCACUACACAGACGAGCGGUGGUGUUACCGUGUAUUACAUUUCUCCCGGAAAAGGCAAAGUUACCGCUUUCAAGCCGGGCUUCCGCAUGCUCGUCGGCGACCCCAUGAAUCGCUCGAAGAAAUUCAAGUCGCAGAGUUGCUUCCGUUGCUACUCCGGCCCCGAUUUCGGCGGCGACAACGCCGCUCCUUGCACGGAUAACAAGCUUGACUUUGAGACCUUCCCUACUGGGCCUUGCCUUGGCGGCAUUCGGUCUAAUAUCGUCUACCCGACCUGCUGGGAUGGCAAGAACCUUGACAGUCCCAAUCACAAGGAUCACGUCGCCUACCCUACCAGCGGACCUUCGGCCUUCCUGUCCACGGGAGACUGCCCUGCGAGCCACCCUAUCAAGAUCCCGCAGCUCAUGCUCGAGAUUGUCUGGGACACUACCGCCUUCAACAACAAGGCCGACUGGCCGGAGGACGGCUCCCAGCCCUUCUAUCUCAGCACUGGAGACAAUACUGGCUAUGGCCAACACGGCGAUUACGUCUUCGGUUGGAAGGGCGAUGCCCUUCAGAAGGCCAUGGACGACAACGGCUGCUUCAGCGCUACAUGUGGCAACCUCAGGUCCCAGGACAUCAGUGUUGCUAAGCAGUGUACUAUCAAGAAGAGCGUGUCUGAGGAUGUUGAUGGAUGGUUGACCAAGCUCCCCGGUAACCCUAUGCCAUAG